AUGACAAAUGAGGAAGAUCUUAUCUCAGGCAUUACCAACUCAGCUCCAAUUGGUAAAAGUGACCACUGUGUAAUUGAAUUUCAAAUUCAAUACCUCAUCUCAAGCCCUUCAGCGCAAGGAUUGUUUAGACGUGCUUUACAUAAAAUAAACUAUGAGAUUGUUAAUGCAGAGCUCAAAAACACGCUAUGUAAUCAUGACUGCAGUAAAUCAGUAGAUGAACAGUGGAUGGCCCUGAAGGAUGAAGUGGAAAUUGUUUUAGACCGACAUGCUCCUCUCAAUAUGGUUAAAAAAAAGAAAAAUCUAAAUAAACCCUGGAUAAAUGCUUCCAUUGUUGAAUUGACAAAACAGAAAAAGAUUUUAUGGGACUCAUAUGUGGCAGACAAGAAAUGCGAUACAAAAUAUAAGGCCUACAGAGACUGCAAUAACAGGUGUGUUAGUGAAGCAAGAAGACUUAGAAGUCUUUACGAAGCCAAGAUUGUCGAGAGUGGAAACAAACCCUUCUAUGCUCACCUACGCAGUUGCAUGGCUUCUAAAGUUGGUCUGCCGCCUGUGGUACGUGAUGAACUUGGCAAUCUUGUGGUUGAAGGGUCUAAAAUUGCCGAAGCAUUUGCUUGUGAAUUUGAGAAAGCAUACUCAUUGGAACCUGACCUUAAUAAUAUUUCCAUACCUAUACCAAGAGUUAAAAACUCCAUAGAUGACAUCCAUUUCACAUCACAGGAUGUGCUUAUGGUUCUCAAGUCCCUAAAUGUAAACUCUGCUUCUGGGCCUGAUAAUGUCCCUGGAGUAUUUCUCCAAUCAUGCGCUGAAACCAUCACACCUGUCUUGGUCAAUAUUAUGAAUGAAUCAUAUGCUUCAGGUGAGGUACCAAAAGACUGGAGACAUGCUAUAGUAACACCUGUUUUUAAAAAGGGUGAUAAAUUAGAUCCAGCUAACUAA